AUGUUGAUUUACGAUUUAAGAAAAAACCUUAAAAUAUUAAAUAGAAGAUUCAAGGUGCCCGCGGAUUAUGAUGAAGAUUAUCAAAAACAAAUUAGUCUUAUAUUAAAAAGUUGUGCUAAACAACACGCUUAUCUACAACAGUUUAUGGACAAGAAUAUUAAUAAUCACGAUUUCAUGAAUUUUGUGGGAACACUAUUAUUUGUUACUGCUUCAUUUACUGCAAUCUCUAUGAUAUACAUUGUAAUGAAUAGAUUACGUCCUAAAUACGACAUACCUUUGGUCCUUUUGUCAGUAUUGAUUGUUAUUGCUUAUUUGUUGUAUUGCCACUAUGGUCAAACACUAAUGAACGAGUGUGAAUUCUUUUAUGACGCAUUAUACAGCACCCCUUGGAUUUAUUGGAACAAAGAAAACCGAAACCUCCUGCUAACGAUCCUAACUUUAGCAAGAAAACCUCUUGCAGUUCAAUUUUAUGGUAUUAUGUACGUUAAUUAUUCAAUGAUCUUAUCGGCUGUCCGCUUAUGCUACAGCAUAUUUACAAUUGCUCACAAAUUAUAG